UCUGAGUUGUGAAGACUUUGAUAGUUGUUUCAAUAAAUUUCAUUUGUUAUUUAUGGAACAGUUUUGUGUGAUCGCUUUAUUUUUCUUCAACUAAUGCAGAGAAACAGUGAUUUGUACGCGGAUCUGUUCCAGCCUUUAAACUAACAUCUUACAGACCUCACAAGGAGCAUACUGUUGACAGUUAAGUUUUGUUGUACCAUGCAGUUUGUUUGCACGUAGGAAAUAACUUAGCAGUUUUGCAGUGGCUCUAGAGUGUUAUGACAGUGUUGGGUAAAUCAAGAUCUGUAACACACACCAACACAGAAGCAACAAUUUAAUGCAAAAAGUGGUGAAGGUGUGAAGAAGCUACUCUUUCCAUAUCUCUCCCUUUUUCUCUGUGACUUUGUGUUGGAUCAGAACAAGUAAAGUAAAAAUGGCUCAACUGUGUGAAAACUGUGUGAAGUUGCUUCAGGACUUUGUGUCCCUUGUGAAGAGGAUGUCCUCAAGUCUGAUACAGAACAUUAAGGAAUAUUUGAUUCUGAUAAGUGAAUGCUCCUUCCUAAAACGAAAGAGCUCUGAAGCCAGACAGCUAUACAAACCUGUCCUUCAGCCACACGAAAAGGAGAUGGUGCAAGAAUUUCUACAGCACAUUGAAACAGGUUUUGAAAUGUCUCCAUUUGGAAAGGACUCCCUGGAAGCUCUGAGGACCUUAGCAUUUUCAGAAAACCCUGAUUUACAGCAGUCUGCUGCUCUAUAUUACUUGCAUAUGAGUCAGCACUUAAACACCCAGCUGCCUGCUGAGCAUUUGGAACCCUAUUAUGCUUUACUGCAGUCCAGUGACAUGGAGGUUCAGCAGAUGUCUUCCUUGUCCCUCGUAAAUUUUUUGCUGGAAGGAAACAUAAACAAAGAACUAGUUGUCCAAAUGGGUUUACUUGAGCCAAUUCUGGAGCUGCUCGAGUCAGGGGACUCUGCUGUCCAGUGCAACUCCUGUGCCUGCAUAAUGACUUUGGCUGUCUCAGAGUCCAACCGAGAGGCCAUCGGCUCAGCGGGAGUUAUACCCUUGCUGGCACUUGCCAACUCCUAUGAUCCUAGAGUCCAACAAAAUGCAGUUGGAGCUAUUCACAACCUCACACGAUCAGAGCGGAUCCAGCAAGUCCUGUGCAGGGAAGGAGCCCUCCCUGUCCUCAUACUGAUGUUAGAGUCUCCUGACUCAGAAGUACAGUAUUAUAGUUGUGCUGCUCUAAGCAAUGUGGCAGCCAACUCUCAGCACCAUGAAGCCAUGUUGCGAGUUGGGGACAGAUUCCUUCUGCGGACACUCAUUUCUCUCCUGUCUUCAUCUGUGGACAAGGUUUCAAGACAGGCAUGUGUUUGUCUGAGGAACUUGGCCACAAGUGUGAACAUUCAGGCUGACAUCGUAAUGGACAUCCUUCCCAAGCUGCUCUCUCUCCUUGCAUCUAGCAAUUCAGAUGUUCAACAAGCUUCUAUUGCACUCCUCUGGAUAUUAUCCCAACACCCGGCCAACCAGGAUGCUUUAAUGCAUGGAGAGGUGCUGCAGAACCUGGGGAUGCUAUUGUUAACUCACCAAACAGUCCCAGGGAUCGUUGGUCACACUGCCUGUAUCAUCAAAAAUCUGAGCUUUUGCAAAAACGUACAGAGAAUCAUUGAAAGUCCAUGUGUGGAAGGACUCCUCCAGGCUAUCCUGUCUACCGAAAUUCAAGAAGAAUCUCUUAAUUACGUGACAUGUUCUCUUGCUGAGCUGGCAAAGCAUGAAGGUGCCACAUUACACUUGCUAGAAUGGAUGAAUGGACCCCUGAUAAAGCGCCUAGUGAGAUUGGCUGGGCAACGGGAACAUACAGAGCCAUCAUUUCAAGCUGCCUCCGUUGUCCGACACAUGAUAUGUCACGAUAAAGUGAGGUCUCUGCUGAAAUGCCACAUGGAGGAAGUCCAACACUACCUCAUGAAUUUUCUCAACCACCAAGAGAUUCGCUUUCAGCAGCUGGGAAUUUCUACACUGGGCAAACUACUGGAAGAUCCAGAAUUUUCAUCUGCAUUCAGCCAGAGUCAAUUGAUAGAGCAUCUUGAGCAAAUCCGUCAACAGACAGAAGAAACUCAGGAGCUCCUUAAGAUGGUUAUCAGCCGCAAAGGCAGUUAACAUUUUAUUUACUCACCUCAUGAAAUGCUAUCCCAGCCUGCAGCCUGAUCCCUCAGAAAGGGUAACCUUUUUUUUUUUUUGUUAUUACUUCUCAUAGCCAGUAUUUUCUACCACUUGCAGUUCCACCUAACACAUAAUGACCCGGUGGAAUCAUGUACUUUAUAUGGCCUUAAUGUUUUGAUAAUGGAAAUCAGUACGGUCUAGAAAAAGGUUUGAAAAAAACAUGUCAACUUACUCUAUCAAAAUGUUUAAUGGCUACACCUACAUUCCUACCAUGUACAUGGCUGAUAAAAUACCCAAUACUAGCUAAACUUUGCAUGUAUCUUUUUGAACACACAGUAAGCACUGUGUGUGUGAGGUUUUAUUUAUGUAAAAACCAGGUUUUAUUAAACACACAUUCCUCCAAACACAUAUUUUAUAUGCAAACUAUGCUAUGCUCUUUGAUAUUAACAAUAUUCUAUUACUAUUCAGUGUCUGUAUUCAUUAUUUCAUAGUACCCAUAUCACUAAAGUGCCUUGAGCUACCUAACUAAAGAGAAAGAGCACUGGAAUUAGAAUAUGAAAGAUGUAAAGGGCAACAUGUUCACUAGUGAAGAACAGUGAACUCAGAGGAAGAAAAUGAUAGUAAUUAGUAAUAAAUAGAGUAAUGAACUCACUGGGGUUGGGUGUCAUCCAAACUACCACACUUUCAUACUACAAUGUCAGGGUAAGGGGCCAUAGGGUAAAUAACAAUCAUGCCCAUUGUAUGAAUUGUGUUUGAAAUAUAACAGUUAACAUGGACAUAUUGUCUCCCCUUCCUAAAAACCCCCCCAAAACAAAUAAACAAAACCGCCACCUUGUAGCAUGUCUAAAUAGUGCUUUUUCAGGAAAAUGUAACAUGCACAAGCUAGUCUAUUUAAGGCACCAAAAGCAUUGCUGUAUUUGUGUGUGAGUGUUGUUAAUUUUUUUUAAGAAUGGGGCAUGGAGUGCUUAUAAAAACCAUUGGAGAUUGAUGACAGAAUUCAAGUUGUCUUGUGUUAGUUAACUGCUAUGAUUUAAGGCUAAAUUUUGCCUUCAUGUAACUGUAUAUAAAUCCCACAUAAGUCUUUGUGGGUUGCAUUUGAUUACCUGAAGGCAAAAUUUGUACCUGAGUGGUUAAGUAAAGUCUGGAGUUUUACAAAUAUGUCCAUGCUUAAGCAUGUCAUAAAAUUAGUGACUGUAAAUCAGCCGAGCAUUUACUAGACAAACUGAAAUAUACAGAGAGUUGGUAUCAGGUUUAUAAUCAACGUUACAUUUAAUGGUGAGUGUUCAACUGAAUCACUGCUAAUUUUUAUGGCAUUAUACUGGAGAAUUAGUACAAUAGAAUGGCCAGGCUUCAUGCUAUUUUGUUAAGGAUGGUUCAGUUGGAUUAUGCAACUUUCAUUUUACAAUCAGAGAACAUGCACAAGUCAAUUUUCCAUGGCAUGCUUUGGGUAACAAAACCACAAUUCCAAAAUUGUCACUCCAACAUUUUGAACGUUCUUAGUUGAAGUAGAAUUUUGGAGAAAACACCCUCUUCCUCUAGGCUUUGAGGCUGCAAUUAUAAAUUUCACAACAAAUGUCAUCAGAUGCAAUCUUUAGAAAGACUGUAGUAUAUCCCAGCACCUGUUUGGACCACCUCUCAGCAGGUAUGCAUACCCAGAGAUUUAAAAAAGCCUAAAUGGUACCAGAGCUUUUUAACUGUUUAAGCUGUGGGAAUAACUAUACUGGAUGGAGGGAUGUAAGAGUUCUGUGCCACUGUUCUGCUGAACAUCUGCUCCCACAUGUGUUCAGCAAAGUUUCUUACCAUGAAUGCUGGAAAGUUUCUCCUUCAUUUGGGAUUUUUAUAUACAUGUGUGUAUAUGUGUGUGUGUGUAUAUAUGUAUACACACACAUACAUACAUAUACAUACAUACACACACACACACUUUUUAUAUUUAUCUAUCUGUGUGUGUGUGUACGUACAAGU